AUGUCGACCUCCCCCACCGCUGCACAAUAUGCCCAUCCGCCAUCCUCACCUCCCAGAAUAUGUCCGCCAACACCAACACGCAGGUCGAUGAGGACAAAAGAAAAGGCUAAUCCUUCAAUAACACCUCGAAAGUUCAGACGCUUCUUCACUCCUCGAUCCCACGGGUCGCAGCACACUAGUGCUGCCCGUCAAGCCCUCUUCGAUAUCACCGCCCCUGCCAACAACCGUAAUGUAGUCCAGUCCAGUCCAUUGCGGGCUAAGGAAACCGACACCGGCAAUGAGAAUAGCCCUCCAUUUACGAGAGACCUGAAGAGAAGAAAGAUGUUCCAUACACCCGAGUCAUCGCCGGAGCACGCAUGUUCGAGGAAGAGGCAAGGCACAAUCGGCAAGGAUCGGCAGGUAGAGGAAGAGAAAGGCAAUUCGCAUAAUUUACGGUCUUCACCUUGUGUGCGAGCGUCUUCAAAGAUGAUAUCUUUCAGUGAUGAGGAGCAAGAUACGGAGUAUGAAGAGGAUGAUGCUGUUUUACCCCAGAAACCAUUACAGCGAGUUGCUCCCUUAAUCGACCGAGGACUUAGUGGCCGGUUAUUGCAAUUGAGCUUUGGGAGUUCAACUCGAGGUACCCGGCAGCGCUAUGAGUAUCCUGUCAAUGAUUGGCAAGACGAGACGUCGAAAUUUUACAGCAGACCGUCUGAUGUUCACACUUGUACUAGUAUCGAAGGACCAGCUCUUUGUAUACCAUUUUGUGCAACGAGUUGUAAUACAAAUACCUUGACUGCUAUUGGCGACGAAGAAGGUCGUGUGCGACUUCUAGAGUCUGGCGGAAAUAGCCAUCCCCCGUUCUCGGAAUCCUAUCUUUCAUUCCGAGUACACACGAACGCCAUCAUCGAUAUGACAUUUUCAGAUGACGACACUCUCUUAGCCACAGCUUCGGGAGACUCGACUGCAAGGGUGGUGGACAUGAGAACUCAAACCACCAUCGCCGUUCUCGGCAACCACUACGCAUCAUUGAAACAAGUGCGAUUCCAACCUGGUGCUAAUAACCACAGCGUAAUUGCAACUUCUAGUAGGGAUGGCAGUGUACAGAUAUGGGACUUAAGAUGCAAAGGCCUCGAUGGUCCCGUGAAUCAUAUCCAGGCCCCCGUUGAACCACACCGAACGACGACUCGGUCUGAGACACAAAAAUUGCUCUACGGUCGCCCCAUUAAUAGCAUAUAUGAUGUCCAUAAGCCUUCCUCCAACCAACAUCAAGCAGCCGCUAUCAUUCCAAUGGACGCCCCAUCGCGAGGCGAGGCAUCUCGUCGAGUAGGCGACGUCUCCGUAACAGCAAUCUCAUUCCUACCUCCGGGGCAAGAACAUCUUCUCCUCACCGCUUCCGAGGCCGACGCUUCUGUUAAGCUCUGGGAUAUCCGCAGCUUGCAGAGUAAGCGCAAGUCACAAAUCCCGCUCUCCUCAACACGCAAACCGCAAUCGCACAACCAAUGGCGGCAUUUCGGGGUCACGUCCAUGAACCUCAGUACCGACUCCAGCAGGCUAUAUACGCUGUGUAAGGACAACACUGUCUACGCAUACUCCACAGCUCAUCUCAUCCUCGGUCAAGCACCUGAGCUAUCCAUCGAUAAUGAGAGACGAGGCGGGCAACGAGCUACGCAGGAAGGAUUGGGCCCAUUAUAUGGAUUUCGCCAUCCCAAAUUCCACGCCACAUCCUUUUACGUCAAGUCUGCUAUUCGAAAGGCAAGGAACGGCCACAGCGAAGUGUUGGCUGUGGGAAGUAGUGAUGGUUCAGCGAUACUAUUCCCCACCGACGAACGAUAUUUCCCCAAGCCACGGCCCUCCCAUCCUCAAAGCGACGAACUAUGCAGCUCUCCUAUGAUUCCCCAGCGCCCUGCAUUAAGAAGAUGCGGUAGCACCCUUGGAAGCAGGCAGGAUGAUUCUAUACCGAUCUCUACCAACGGAACUGCGCUAAUUAGGGGCCAUGAUCGGGAAGUUGGGUCUUUGACUUGGACCUCGAACGGGGAACUUGUUACUGUUGGUGAUGAUUACUUUGUUAGGGUUUGGAGGGAGGAUGAGGAUGCGAGGGAUUUAAGGACUGGGGGAGAGGCCGAGGGAAAACGGUGGGGGUGUGGGUGGGCCGAUGUGAGAGAAGGGUACGAUGACGAUGACUGUUAA